CCUCUAGUCUGCCUUGGAAUCGGUGCGGACCGUUGCCGAGAGGAGCGAAGCCGCAGUCGGAUUCGCCGCACCGUCAGCUUUGGAGGAGGGGAUCUUCGGCGCACCGCGUGUUCCGGGUUUCCGUAAAAUUUUCGCUUUAUACGCAGCCAGGCGCAUCCCAGAGGCCAGAGCUGGGCUGACUCAUUCGUCGUCUGUCUGCUGCACGCUCUUUAUUGUUGACUUUCUAUACCCACGGCCGCCUGGACGUCAGUUUUCAAUUCGCCGUCGUGCCGUGAACUGCUGCGUAUAUUGAGCGUGUUUUUCGAUUCGUAUCUUUGUUUUUUUCAAAAUUUUUUCAUUUCUUUGGUUCGUUGUACGUGAAAAUUCUUAGAUAUACUUCUUCUGCGGAAUUGAACUUCGACUUCGAAAUAGGAAGAAAGGGGUGUUGAAUAAUUUAUACAGUGAAACGAAAGGCUGACGGAUCGCGAUGCAGCUUGUAAAUUUAUUAUGUAAUUGCAGUGCAACGUGGUGAUGUUGUGACGUAUCAACCGCGAGUAUUCGACUGAUUGUGAAAUAUAGUUUUCGUAAGGUAUAUUUGUAAUUAGUUUACACAGUGCCUUAUAAAACGUGGAACGGUGUAAUUAAUGUUCCAUCUCAAAGUUCGACUCGAUUGUUUAUUCAUUUAUCGAAGGUUGCAGUGUAUGCGUUGUAAAAAUUUUGCAGUGAAAACGUGUUGAGUAUCAGUCCGUUUGUUGUAUCUUUUGGUGCGAUGAUAAGGAACCUCGCGUAUCGAACGUUCUAGUUAUCGAUUGACGUACGAUUGUCGUCGGUUUUGGCUAUAAAUUGUUAUUUCUUUUUCUUCUUUUACACUCUUUACACGAAGUGCCUUUGAUCGAUCCUAACUCGUCACGGUUUGUAAAGAAUUAAUGAUAGAACCAGUGGCGCUCAUUAGGGAAAUUACAUGCAUUGUACUCGUGCCUAAUUACCAACAAUUAAUUAUCACAGUUAUAUCUUCUAACAAACCGAACUACCAUACUAAUUUAAAUCGAAGACAAAGACUAAGGGUACAAUAAUAGGCUACUAAUUUUAAUCCCGCUUUGAAGACGACUUAAAUAAUUCGUAUUUUACAGCACCAGUUAAAAGAAUUUACUAUAUAUUACACGUGUGUAUAACUGUUGAUAACAUUCAAGUUUAAUACCUAAUUGCCGAUCGUGAGUUGCGAGUGUGAAUCAACGAUUAUAAACGCUUUCGAACGGUGGGAAGAAUUGCGCAACGGAAGCUAACAAUCGGAAGAAUGUCCGAAUAACGAAAGUAAGAAAGAAAAGAAAAGGCGAAGCAUAAAUCACGGCGUAAGAUGCGUACGAAAAGCAACAAUUGUUACCUGAAUUACUUCGAUAAAAGAACGACGCAAGUUGCCUAACGUCGGUUCAAAUGCAUCGACGCAACCUCGUCGCCCACCUUUUGGCGCGAUAAGAAGGAAAACGUAACCUCUCAUCUUGACGCGGAGAGAACCUGUCAGCAACGAACGAUUAUACAGUCUGUGGCCGAUAGAAAAGAAAAUGUUGCCGAGAAAAGAGGGCCAGAUCGCGCCUUACGCCCUCGAAGAUAUGAUCUCGGAUCUUCAGGCACGCAGAAAUUCUCUGGAUCACGUCGACGACGUUGCCGGGGAUCCGAUCGAGCAGCUGAAACAACGGGAACGGGAUUUGGUCCUUGCUGCCGAACUCGGCAAGGCUCUUCUCGAAAGGAACCAGGAGCUCACCAAACAAGGAGAAGCCUUGGCCGAGGAGUAUGCCAGUAAAUUGGAGAGUCUGGAACAAGAGAGGUACCUCUUGAGACGAAGACUGGAGGAAGCUCACGACGAGGGCGAGGUCAGGGCACUGGAGCUGCAGGCCGAUUUGGAGGCCCUUCGGAAUCAGUUGGAAGAGCAGGGAGAACGUGCGCGACGUGCGGAAAGGGAGCAGGCAGCCCUGGUGACGGAAUUGGCGGCCCAAAACACGCGGCUUGCCGAUCAGCUCCGAGAGGCAAACAAGCAGGAAGAAGAGCUCCUAGUCGAGCUAAGGGUCCUCAGGGAUAAGUGCGCGCUGAGGAACACCACGCUUCAGGACCAUGUCAGCAGCUUGGAGAUCCUCAGGGACGAGGUACAAAUUGUCUCAGCCCAAAGAACCGAACUCGAGAGGAGAUCCCUGGAGCUACGGCAGGAAAGGGCGCGAGCUGUUGCCGCCUUGGAAGAAGCCGAGGAGAGAGCCCACGUCUUGGAUAGACUUGGCCGCGAAGCUGAGCACAGAGCGAGAACGGCGGAACGGGAGAGGGACGAGCUCGCCGCUGCAUUGGCAGCCCUCGAGGCGGAAAGAAGAGGAAGAUCGGGUUCGAUACAAAAACCCCCGAGAUCACUGCAGGCGGAAAUGGAGUGCGAGGAGAGCGGAAGUUCUUUGGGAGAACCCGAGGACCUCAAAGCCGAAGUAACGAGGGCUUGUAAAAGAAUGCGAGAACUCUGCGCUCAGCUCAGAAGAGGCGAAGACGACUCUGGCCUUCAGAGCGAUUGCGACGAGUCCAUGUUGGUCCUGGCGAACGGUGCCGAUGCCGAGGCAAACUGUCCCGGGGCGUUGUCGGAGCUGACGGAGGAGUUGUUCAGACUGGCAUUAUCCGGACGAGGGGCUCCUGGGGAACUUGGCCUGGCGGUGGAAUUACACAGGGUACGAGAGGAGCUCGAGCAUUCGAGAGACCAGCUGAAACAGACGCAAGACGAGCUCAGGCGAAGAGGGGAAUCGCUGCUUGAGCUUACGAGCAAGUUGAGCGUAUGCGAGGCCGAGCUUCGAGGUGUACGGGAGGAACGAGACAGAGCCAGAGGUGACAUUGAGGAUUCGGCACUGACCAAGGACGAGGUCCUGGCCCAGGCUUACCAGGUCAGGGACCAAGCUGUCGCCCGGAAGAACAGGGCGGAAGUUGAGCUGGCAAGAACGAGGAUCGACGUGCUGCAGGCCAACAGCCAGCUGAUGGAGGCUAUCCAGCAGAAGAUCGAGCUGAGUCAACAGCUCGAACAGUGGCAAAUGGACAUGCAAGCGCUUCUGGACGAGCAAGUUAGAAGUAAACUGAUGCCGUCGAGCGGUCCGGUCAGCGGUAACGGGGACGGUUCGGAGAUCGUUGUUCCGGCUAGGAAGAAGCGCAGCACGAGCGCUUCGAAGAAGAUCUUCGGACUGUUCUGAAAGUUGUUGGGUUGAGAAAUUUCGCCGAAGAUCCGCAAUCUUCGGCUCGAUUUUUUAUCAUGGGAUCAAAAUUUUAACGCGAGAACCUAUCGCAAUGUGAUUAUAUGUUAUUGGGCGGAGGGCGGAAAUAUGACGCGGCUCUUUGUCAUUAUUGCCGCGGCAUUUCUUCAGCUGGGAAUCUGCGCUUGGAUGUUGGCGAAGAUAAAUUAUCACCGUUGGUCGUGAUUCGCAUGAAUUAGUUAUAGACGGCGUCAAUUAGUCGAGCGCAUUGGACGUGAACGUGAUAAGUUAAAAAGAAAACUUGUUUUUCGAAGAUUUUUACGGACUUUGUAUAGGCAUCUUUGUACCUGCGCUGUUGUUUAAUUGCUCGAGAUUGAUUUUUAACGGUCGUUUCACAAGACGUUAUAACAAGCUUAGAAGUUUCACUGCAGAGUGCAGACGCUGAUCAUUCGGGGCAAUUAAAGUAUCGUAAAAUCCUGCACGUUUCACGAAAAUUCGACGAGUGGCUUGAAAAAAUCUUGCGUAAUGCCAAUUAGACUUGAAGAAAUUACUAGUUAAAUUAUACCCCGUCGUAUAACUCGACAUUUCCAUCCAACGUUCAUACAUUCUAUUUUACAUUAUAUACUUGAACGUAUAUACUACACAGAAACUACAGGUCAAAUUUCUGAGGAAAAAUCAAUUUAACGACUGUACGACAGUUGAUGAAUUCAUGUUCAUUCGUCCAAACACUGGUUCCUGAAUUUUGCCUGAGACACGAAGACCGUCGAGUACACAAGGUAUUGAUGAGUGGUUCCAGUUUGACGCUAUUUACCCAAUAUGCGAACGGAGUGAGAUUGAGUAAACAAAAUGAUGUCUUAAAUUUAUUUCUCGUUCAAUUUCAAAGAGUAUCCAGAAGUAUAUAAGCAAAUAAUUAUAAUGACAAGUUCGUAAAUACGUGUGUGAGUACAGAAUACCUCACAUAGCACUGGGGCGUGUCGGCGCAAAGUAACAACGAACGUGUGUGUAAGGUCACUUUUAAAAAAAGUAUCACACGUCGUUUCACACCGAUGAGUCAAGAUUUCGCCAACGACCCACGCGAAACGUGUUAUACUUACUUUCCUUCUUCCCCACGGAUACUUUAUGCCUACGUCCGUUCGUCCGUCCGUCCCACAUGUGCCACUCUUGGGCUUGAUUGUGAGUGACAAAAUAUUUAUUUAUAUAUCGAAUAUAGAAAGAAAGUUACCGGAGAUGUGGCCUUUUAGAAUUUAAACAAAAGUGCAAUAAAACGCAUUGAUCGAAGUGUUGUUGUAGUGCAUUUGAGCGAUAAGUAAUUCGUUGACACUUAACAAAUGUAUAUGUACAAUGUGUUUGACUUCAAUCGUAUGAAUAUAUAUAUAUAUAUAUGUAUGUAUAUUCAUUUAAAUAUGUAAUGAUAGACAUAAAAUAAGCCUACGUACUUGCAAGAUUGUAAGAUAUUUCGUUACCGAAUAAGCGUACGUUAUAAUACUGCAUAUUUAUUUAAUAAAAUUGACUGUACAAAUGUAAA